AUGGAAAGGUUACGUAAUGCAUUGAGUCUCACGGAUAGGGCGUCGCCGCGAAACGACGCGCAGACACAUCGCCCUAAAUCUGCGAAUAGUAUGCUAGGGCUACCGAGUCAAGGACGGGCUCGGCUAACGACGUUAGUCCCAUAUCGUAACCUAAAAGUCCGCUUCGCUACCUUAAAUGUAGGAACAUUAACGGGGAAGACUAAGGAACUUGCCUCUCUUUUCAAGCGCAGAAGGGUAGAUUUUAUAUGUCUACAAGAGACUCGAUGGACUGGAUCCAAAGCCCGUAAUAUCGGAGAGGGCUACAAACUUAUGUACGUAGGUGCAAAGCAUGGUAGGAAUGGCGUAGCAAUUGCUGUCAAAGAAGAUCAUCUUGAAAACAUCCUGGAGGUCAACCGUAUUAACGACAGACUCAUGUCAAUAAAGGUACUGGUGGAAGGUGAGGUACUAAAUAUUGUAGCUGCAUAUGCUCCCCAAGUGGGUUGUAGCCAAGCAGAGAAAGACAAUUUUUGGACUUCCCUAGAAUACAUUCUUCAAUUAAUAUCUCCUAAAGAAACUACUUUACUGGGAGGUGAUUUAAACGGCCACAUCGGAGAAGCAAACAGCGCUUUCAAAAGGGUGCACGGAGGUUACGCAUACGGAACACUAAACGAUGCUGGUAAAGUCAUUCUCUCCACGGCAGCAGCCUUCGAUCUUGCUAUUGCCAAUUCCUUUUUCGCUAAAAAGAUCGAACAUCUGAUCACGUAUAAAAGCGGCCAAACAUCUUCACAGAUUGACUACAUACUAAUCAACCGAGCUCACAUUGGCCGUGUAACAAAUUGUAAGGAAAAACCAACUCAAAUUCCUGAACUCACCAAAUGGUGGAACCUAAAAGGUGAGAAAAUUCCCGAGUUCUGUGAACGUCUUGCUGAUUUAAAAGUUGAUGUUAAAUCAGAUAUUGACACCAUAUGGGAACAUUUACCUUGGCAUCAUUACUACGAACAGCUACUAUCCCUACCCCAUCUAGCUGCCACACAACUUCCUGGAUUGGAAGUGAAUGCAGGACUUAUACCUCCAAUACAUCCUGAUGAGGUAAAGAAAGCCCUACACAAAAUGUCCAACAAGAAAGCCAUUGGACCUGACGGAAUACCAGUGGAAGCUUGGAAAUGCUUAGGUCUACGCGGACUCGUACUGCUAACCGAUUUCUUUAACUGUAUGUUGUUCUCUUCAAAAAUGCCAAAGGCGUGGAGAUUGAGCACUAUAGUUCCCAUCUACAAGGGAAAAGGUAGUAAGUACGAGUGCAACAACUACCGCGGAAUCAAGCUCCUCAGUCACACCAUGAAGCUUUAUGAGAGGGUAAUUGACAGCCGCAUAAGAUCCGAGUGCGAGCUGUCUAAGAACCACUAUGGCUUCGUACCUGGAUUGUCUACCACGGAUCCGAUGUUUGCUCUUAACACGAUUGUCGAAGAGUAUCGCGCGAAAAACCGACCAUUAUACGUUUGA